AUGCUUGCCAAAUAUGCUCUUGUAGGCUGCAUUACAGCUCUGACCGCUGUGGUUCAUGCACAAGACGAUGUCGUGCAAAUCCCUACCAUCUACGACCGCGUCAACACUCCUUUUACCUUUACUGAGUGCGCCGCACCGAAAGAGAUGCAAACUUGUUGGGAAGCGCAAAACUACACUGCUGAAUAUCUCGACAACGAGUGCACAGGUUUGCAGAACAGAAUUGACUGUGCCCUUACGAACUGCUGGAAUAGGCAACUAUUGCUCGCUUACAAUGUUACUUGCUCCGAAGGUUUCUCCGAAUCAAACACGACAGCUCCGCCAGCUUUGGAACUGCCAUUCUUCCCGCCACCUGCCGGUGCCGAUGGAGAGUGCAGUUGUAACCUCAAUACCAUCGACAACAGUAUUCAAAGUGGUGCCUUUGAGAACUACCUGGCAUGCGAGUCAACGGUUCGCAAAGAAAAUGGCGGAACAGAUGACGACUCGGAUUAUAGCGAAGCACCAANNCUUUGGGAUACUUGCCCAAGCCAGGAUCCUGCAUACAUAGCUCUAGCAACCAUCAAACAACUUUNNUACAUCAAUAGCGAUCGCGAUGGAAACAACAACAGCUUGGCACACUGUGCCUCCCGCCUGGCAAGUGGAAACUUCAGCUGUGUCGACUAUGGCUUUAGUACUUAUGGAAAGAACGCUUCCGACUAUGCAAAGCCUACACCUUUGCACUCGGCUACUGGCACGUGGAGUGAUAUCAAUGGUAUCCUUACUAGCCCUGUAAGUGGCGCAACUUAUACUUGGACUGCAUGGAACACGACUUUCACCAACACUGCUGUUUCGGUGGAGGCCGUGGCUACUAGGACUGCUGGUGCGAGUGAGCAGAUCACGGGUAGUGUGACUGGCACUGCAAUUGGUGGGUCUUCUACAAGUUCUGGCGCUGCUGCGCCUACUCUCAAUGCUGUACAGAGACCUGCAGUAGCUCUGAUGGGACUCGGUGGCAUCGCAUUUGCUCUCCUGUGA